CGCGCCGGUCGCCCUCCUCCGCGGCCGCUCCUCAGCGGGGAGCCGGGCCACCCACCCGCCGCCCCACACACACACACAGCUCCCCAGCCCCGCGCCCCCGGCCCUACCCCGGGCAGCGGAGCCGCCGCCGCCGCCGCUAUGAAGCCGUGCGAGGAGGAGGAGGAGGAAGGGGGGGCGGUGGCGGCGGGCGGCGGCGGCGGCGGCGGGGACCCUUGGAAGGAGUGCGCGGAGGUGGCGGUGCAGCUGGCCCUCCGCGCCGGGCAGGUUAUUAGGAAAGCUCUAACAGAGGAAAAACAAGUGUCCACAAAGACAUCUGCAGCAGAUCUUGUGACAGAAACUGAUCAUUUUGUGGAAAAUUUAAUUAUUUCUGUUCUGAAAGAGAAGUUUCCCUCCCACAGGUUUAUUGCAGAAGAAUCCACUGCUGCUGGUUCAAAGUGUGUCCUCACCGACAGUCCAACCUGGAUUAUUGACCCUGUUGAUGGAACGUGCAACUUUGUGCACAGAUUUCCAACAGUGGCAGUGAGCAUUGGAUUUGCUGUUAACAAAGAGCUUGAAUUUGGUGUAAUUUACCACUGCACUGAAGAACGAUUAUACACUGGUAGAAGAGGUCAAGGGGCAUUUUGUAAUGACAAAAGGCUUCAGGUAUCAAAAGAGACAGAUAUCUCGAAGGCCUUAAUUUUAACAGAAAUUGGUCCAAAACGUGACCCUGCAACUUUGAAAUUGUUCCUUGGUAACAUUGAGAGAUUGCUCAAGGCACAAGCACACGGGGUCCGUGUCAUUGGGAGCUCGACCCUGGCUCUGUGCCAUUUGGCAUCCGGCGCUGCAGAUGCCUAUUACCAGUUUGGGUUACACUGCUGGGACUUGGCAGCGGCAACUGUCAUUAUUAGAGAGGCAGGUGGCACUGUAAUAGACACUUCAGGGGGACCUCUGGACCUUAUGUCCUGCCGAGUGAUUGCUGCGGGCACCAGAGAGAUGGCUAUGUUCAUAGCUCAGGAAAUACAAACUAUUUACUACAGACGGGAUGAUGAAAAUUAAAUACUUACAAUAUGGAGUCUGCCUUCCUUAACUGCGUAACUUUUGCAAGAUGGGUGGCUUAAAGGGUACAUGAUUUCAGCAGGAUGCUUUCUGUGGAGAUUUUCUGUGUCAAAUAUUUUUUAUAAAUUUAUUACAAUGUGGGAAGGCAUAGGGAGAUUUUUAAACCUCUAAGAAUCGUGUUUCCUUUUUAAUAUGUAUCUCUUUCAGCAGUAUCUUUUUUAUAAGAUAGCAUAUUUUACUUGUAGUAAAUUAGUCUCAAAAUUAAGUUGUAAUUUCAUAUCUGUGGGGCUGAUAUUUAGUCUUUUGUAACAUGCAGCUAAAAAUGGAACUUUAUUUUUACAGAUGCAGAUCUCAGGUAAAUGAGCUUUAGGACUGUAGUCAGGACAAGUAGUUAAGAUGUGUGCCUAUAAUACCCUUGUUCUAUGAUACUUAAGAAUGCAAUAAAAAUGACAUUAUUGUUCCCUAACUACAUAAUAGCGAUAUAUCCAUAUAUAUGUAUAUGUACAUAUAUGUAUGUCUGUGUGUAUGUGUGUAUAUAUAUAUACACCUAUACAUGUAUAUGCAUGUAUACACACACAUACGUGUGUGUGUGUAUAUAUAUAUAUGGGUAUCCUGGAUGUUUACAGCAGUUUAGAGAAUGCAUAGAAGAAAGCUAAUAUUGGAAGUUGUUUUCAGGUAAAGAGUAUAGGUUACUUACGUGAUUUUGGUGGGGGCUAUCCACAUGGUGAAUAACAGAGCUGAUCAUGGAAAAUGUUUAAUGAUUUUACAAACUGUCCAGCUAGUUCUUGUUUCCCUUCAUCCCUCUGCAUGGGGAUAAAUCAUACUGUCCUACAGGCCUCUCUAAGAUAUUCAAACCUGCAAACACCUACUACCAUAGAGUAAUUAUAGUUAAAACCAGGAAUAUUGAACUCCACUGAGUUAUUCACAGUAUUAUCUAUGACAUGCAGCAGGAGGCCAGCAGAAUAGAGCACAGUGUCAAGGAGCUGUUGAUUUUAGAGAAACUCUGAGCAGAACAGCAGGAUUUGGCCCCUUACAGGCAAGUUAUUAAAAAUAUGCACAUAAGAUAUGCUUGCAAAAAGUUGUAAAUCACAUGCCCUUCUCGCACAAAGUUGUAAUCGCACUUUUUCAUCAGAGAAACCUGUAAAAUCAGUUACAUACAUUUCCUAAAUACACAGCUGUUCUCUAUCCUUGUUCUCUAUCUUUGUAUCUAGCAUUGGUUUUACUUCCACCAAGGUGAUCAUUUCUAUUUAGAUUAUUAUUUAAAUCAUGAGCACAGGGAAAAUACAAGUGUGUCCAGAAGAGUAGUUGAGAUGAAAUCACUUCUAUUUUUUUCUUAAAAAUUUGAAUAAAAGAUAUGUCUUUUUUUCAAGAGUGCAAAUUAAAUAAAGGAAUGAGCCAAAAAAGUAAGUUGGUUAAAAAUUUUUAUCUUUCUUUAUACACUGCAUGUGUAGACUUUGUAAACAUGUUCAGAUAUCUGCUUAGAACAUACAAACUAAACAAUAUUUUUUAAAAAUAACCUUACAUGUGUUUUUUGCAAUGAAAAAUAUUUUUCACUGAAUAUAAUGUAGAAUUCUGUGUGAUUUCUUGAUGCUUUUUUCACAAGAAAUACAAAGUGUUGACUCUGUGAAGAAUGACUAAAUCCAACUAAGCAUUUAAGAACCGAUGGUUCUUACCAGAAAAGCAACGCUGUCUGUCACAGUGAUCAACGUUUUGUCACUGCUCCCUUUUACCCCGCACUCCCCCCCCAUCUCUUUGUACCCCCCUGUUCGGAAACAGAGAUUGUAAGCCCUCUGGGGCAGGGACUAUAGUGCAUUGGCUCUGGGUUUGCACAGUGCUAACAGGAUGUGAUUCUGGUCCACGACUAGGCACUGAGGUGCUAUAAUAAUACAAAUAAUAAAUACUAA